AUGUUAAAACCUGAUAUGAUCAAGAUCCCCACACAUAACAAGUCUGACGAUGAGUACGGAAGAUGCAAGCAGGACAGCCUUGCAAACCAGGUGAUGGUAAGGGUGCAUCGGCAAUAUCCAGUUUCAGAUGAGCUGGGGGAGUCAUGGACUGUGAAUUUCAAGUAUAUGCCGCCUGCAGAAUGGACAACACCGGACCAGAAAGCUUUUCUUGAGUCGAAGUACAACAAUUUUUUGAAGGCACAAGUUGGGGCGUCUGUUACGCAAUUCUGGGGCCCUGUGUUCUCGGAGUGGUUCAGAAGGUUCCCUGAGGAACUUGCAAUUUUUGGUGAAGUGCCGGAAGUCUUGUCAGAAGAGCAAAAAGAGGCGAAAGGCACAGCUGUUGAACUCAGGCAAAAGAAAAUCAAGAAUUGGUUUAACUACCAUUCUCAGAAAAGCAGCUGCUCUGCUGUAAACGCAAUGGGCAAAACAAUUCGGCAGAUGCUCACCAACAAAGCCAAGGGCACGCGAAUCCACACAGAGGCUGAAGUAUUCUCGAAGAUGAGGUAUGCGGAUGACGUCCAGGCGCAAGUGAAGGAGAGCAUCGCUUCAGGCAGCCUUACCAAGAGUGAAAAGUUGGGAGCUGUGAGAUUGAUGACACGCACAGCUUAUGAGGAUGCGAGUGAGGAUGUUAAGGCCUUGUGUAGGGCAAAGGUUCAGGCAGAACGGGAUGCCAAGGCAUCAGAAGUCCUCAAGUAGACAGAUGAGGCCCCUACCAAUGCGCAAUAUGCUAGGUACGAACCAUUCUACAACACUCCCACUUUAAGUUGCUCAAUGGGUGAUUUUAUAGGGCACUUACCGAAUGUAUGGGUCCGAUUUCACAAUUCAUGCAAGUCAUUAAAG